AUGAGCAGCAUCGCAGCAACCACGCCUUCAACCAUUGCCAUCGUGGGCGGAUCCUACGUUGGCAUGCGACUCGCUCAAGCACUCGUACCUGUCCUUCCACCAACGCAUCGGGUCGUGGUGGUGGAGGCCAACUCGCAUUUCCACCAUUUAUUCACCUUCCCACGCUUCUCUGUGCUUCAUCGUGGAGGUGAGGAGAAAGCAUUCAUUCCUUACUCCCACGCACUUGAAGCUGGAGCUGCUGGCAACGCGAUCAUCCACGCAAAAGCGCUCUCAAUCCACCCCUCAGCCGAAACCUCUUCCAAAGGAUACCUCAAGCUGGAUCGCGCAGCAAACCAAGGAAGUGACACGCUCGAAUUUGACUACCUUGCCAUCGCAACGGGUAAUCAGCUCCGAGAACCUUGGUCGCUUCCUCCAACAUCACACGAGGGAGUGACCGCAAAGAAGCAAGCGGUGGAGACGCUGAGACGGUAUCAGGACGCAGUGAAACAAGCUCGAAACAUUGUGAUUGUCGGCGGUGGUGCUGUGGGUGCUCAAGUCGCUUGCGAUAUUGCUGAACUCUAUCCCCUCACCCCCUCGAAAACGCUCGUCUUGCAACGAUUCGCUGAGCGAAACAUUAACACACACCUCGGCAGCCGUGUUGUUAUCCCGUCCUUGGGCUUCCCCGCGUUCAAAGAGGGGGAGAUGUUCGAAGUGGAACUGCAAAAUGGUAGCAAAGUCAAAGCGGAUCUGGUAUUGAUGUGUACAGGUCAAACACCCCGUUCUUCCCUCCUAUCGUCUUUUGCACCUGAAGUCAUCACCGCCGAUGGUUUCAUUGACGUUCACUCUUCGCUUCAAAUCAAAUCUACCCCCUCUGCACUAGGUGCAAGAGUUUUUGCUCUGGGAGAUAUCGCCAACAGCGGGGCAGCAAAAACUGUUCGCGCUGCAGCAGGACAGAUCGACGUUAUCAAAUCCAACAUCCUCUCCCUCAUCGCAGCCGAAACUAGAGGCAAGGAGGAGGGAAAGCUAGAACUUCAAACCUUCACCCCGGGUCCAUCGGGUAUUCACCUCAGCUUGGGUCUGUACGAAAGUGUCAAGUUCCGCAAUCCAGCGAAAGAAGGGGAGGAGCCGUGGUGUGAGGGAUUGGAGAGGGAUUUGAAGAUCGAUAUGGGAAUAGAGGGUACUUGGAAGAAAUGGAAUGUUCCGGAGGGGACUCCUUGGCAUCUUUGA